AUCCGAGCCAAGAAGAAACCUACUCCAGUGAAGUAUGAAGUUGGGGAUCUUGUUUGGGCCAAGUUCAACAGACGCCCAUGGUGGCCAUGCACAAUUUGUCAUGACCCAGUGCUGGACUGUCACUCAAAAAUGAAAGUUUCCAAUCGGAGACCAUACCGAGAAUACUAUGUGGAUGCCUUAGGAGAGCCUUCAGAGAAAACCUGGGUUGCUGGGAAAGCUAUCGUCCUCUUUGAAGGAAGACAUCAGUUUGAAGAGCUGCCUGUUCUUCGAAGAAGAGGAAAGCAAAAGGAAAAAGGCUACAAACAUAAGGUUCCUCAGAGAUUUAUGGCUAAGUGGGAAGUCAGUGUUGGACAGGCGGAAGACAUACUUCUCGGGGGGCCAGAGGAUCAAAAGUGCAGCCAGAACUCCAGCGAGCUGGACAGCGAGAAGGAAAUGCAGUUGGAAUACUAUGCCAAUGGCCCUGGAGCAGAAAGGGACAGGCAGCUGAAUGGCUGUUUUAAAUCCUUGGCAUUUCACUCCGGACACCUGGCCAGUGAAAAAGGAAAAUUGCACAUUAAGCCACAUGUGAAAAAAAGCUCUGAGAGCAGAAAAAGGACUAGAGUAAAAAAGAAUGGCACAAGAGGGGAAGCAUCUAGGGGAGCAAUCAGAGAAAAAACACCAGAGAGCAUAGUUAGAAACAUGAUAGUUGGGGACCUACCAGAUAAACAUGCAUCUCAUGAACUUCGCCGGAUUGCCAACAGCCUGAAAGCAUCCAGUAGCGCCAGGGGAAACCAUUUGCUUUCUUCCUUUGGAGAAAGACGUUUUGAAAAGACACCUUUGAAACCAGAUUAUGAGAAGCGUAAAAGUGAUGCUCUGAAGAACACGCUCCAAGGGGAUUUGUUUUCCAGCGCAUCUUUGGAGAGAGAGAAGAGCUCCUUGGGCAUUUUGUGCAGUUCCAAAUUACAAAUACACUAUUCUGCGUCUGAUGCUGGUAUUGAGAAAAAGCAAACUGAAUCAGAUUCAUCCUCUUCCCUCUCAGAUGGUGGGAAUAGUGAUGUAGAUACCAUGGACCAAAGUUCAGAGAGAGCCUCUAGUGCUCUCGAAGUUAGUGAUUCUUCAGAUAAAGUGGAGAAGGAAUUUCCUGUGACGUCAAGUGGAAAUGUUAAGCUUUCCAUGUAUCUUUCUCAGAAGAGCAACAGAAGGGCAAGGAAAAAGUCAUACAGAGAUCGCAAAGCUCUGGGAGGUUCAGUAACCAGCAGACUUAAUGCUAAAUUUGCAGAUGGAGGCAUUGAAGUAGGCUUCUCUGAUGCUGAGAUGUCAUUGACGGCUCUUGAAUGCUCUUCAAAUGUGAUGAAUGACAAUCUUUCCCUAGCAAACAAGCACAUUAUUCCCCAAAGUGUUUCCAAGGACAGCUCCUGGCCUGCUGUUGCAAAUCAAACAAUCUUAAAACCGAAAAGCAUGAAAUUGCCCCGAAUCAGGAGUAUAAAAUGCAAACAUAAAGAAAAAGUUGCUGGGUUGGAGCCUUCUCUUGCAGAAGAGGAGGGUGGUGUGAAUCGCUGCUCUUCUGAUACCAAAGGUUUCUCUGGCCUUCAGAGAGAUUCUCUUCAGAGAAGCGGAAAAGUUGAUGGUCAGAAACUGUUAAACAACGUGCAUGAGAAACCCAGGGAUUCUGCUGAAAUAGAAACGGCUGUGGUGAAACACGUCUUGUCAGAGCUGAAGGAGCUGUCUUACCGGUCCAUCAACGAUGAUGCUAAUGACUCUGGCGCUCCAAAGGCCACAGUACCUUUACUUUUCUCUUCUGCCUCUGGUCAUGGUCGUCUGCCUAUUGAGCCUGAUUACAAAUUCAGCACCUUGUUAAUGAUGUUGAAGGAUAUGCAUGACAGUAAGACAAAAGAGCAGCAACUGAUGACUGGUCAAAAUAUAGUCCCAUUUCGAAAUACCAGCACAGCUGAUGGUUCUGGAAGCAAUUCUGCAAGUGGUCUGAAGUCCUUGACUAUUGUAGGUCCCCCAUAUAAAAUAGAAAAAAAUGGAGAUUGUGUCCAGGAAACAGUAAAUCCAAACUCCACUAUAAGCAACUCCUCAUUUUCCCGCAAUCCUCCAACCAAGUUGACGGGGAUUAGUACUAGUAAAAGGGAGCCCGCGAGUACUGCUGUUUCUGGGACAAACGGCACAAAUUGCGUGUCCAAACGCAACUGUUCAAAAUCUAAGCAGUCAUCAAAGCUUGGAGAUAAAACAGUUUCAAACAGAAAGGACUUAAAACCAGGAGGGCCAAUACAUUCAGAGAGGAAACGCCUCAGAAAGCCAAGUAAACGGCUUCUGGAGUAUGCAGAAGAAUAUGAUCACUUAUUUGCACCCAAGAAAAAAUCAAAGAAGGGCCAGGAGCAAUUGCAAAAGGUGAAUUCUGUGGUGAGGUCUGAAUUUGAAGGAGGUCUUCCUGCACAAUGCAGUCCUGAUGCCCAGCGGGGGCCGAGUCCUUUGGUUUCAACUCCAUCUUCAACCAAAGAGUCCCCUCCCAUCCUUGAAGCAGAGUGUUCCUUCUCAGAACUAAGAUCCCAUUCCACUGAUCCCACUGAUCAACUUCUAGAAGGACCUUCAGAUUUUCCAGAGCUGGUGCUGUCUUCCUCAGAUGUUUCUGAAGUUUCUGCUUCUCCAUGUGCUGAAGAGAGAUUCCUGAAAUCGGGAAACUUCGAAAGCAAGCGUCAAAGGAGGCCCACUAAAAAGCUCUUGGAAUCCAAUGAUUUGGACACUGCCUUUAUGCCAAAGAAGGAGGAGUGGACUCCCCCAAAGAAGGGCACUGGCCCCUUGGAGAGCGACAGCUCUGAGCUCUACUCGCCAGCCCGCUUCUCGGACCUGGGAGAAGCUUCUGAAAAGCUCUUGGAGAAGCAGCGGAAGCGGAAGAGACAGCGCCAUCCCUGUGCUGCAGUGCAUUCCAAGAAGGAGAGAAAUGAGGAGGGGCAGGGGGAGACUGCACACUCUGAGGGGGAGACGUUGGUUCAUGGGACAGCUGCAAGCCCCAAAGAGGGUAAUGAAGAGGGGUCAGAGAACGACCAUGGAGUGCCUUCGUCCAAAAAGAUGCAGGGGGAGCGUGGAGGAGGAGCGGCUCUCAAGGAGAACGUGUGUCAGGUCUGCGAGAAGCCAGGGGAGUUGUUGCUCUGCGAGGCGCAGUGCUGUGGUGCUUUCCACCUGCAGUGCCUUGGGCUCUCCGAGAUGCCAAAGGGCAAAUUCAUCUGCAACGAGUGCUCCACAGGGGUCCAUACCUGCUUUGUGUGCAAGAGCUGCGGGGAGGAUGUAAAACGGUGCUUGCUGCCCCUCUGUGGGAAGUAUUACCAUGAAGCGUGCAUACAAAAGUAUCCGCCCACCGUCAUGCAGAACAAGGGCUUCCGAUGCUCGCUGCAUAUAUGCAUGACUUGUCAUGCUGCUAACCCAGCAAACAUCUCUGCAUCUAAAGGUCGCUUGAUGCGCUGUGUGCGGUGUCCCGUUGCGUACCACUCCAAUGACUUCUGCCUCGCCGCUGGGUCCGUGGUCCUCGCCUCCAACAGCAUCAUCUGCCCCAAUCACUUCACUGCACGGAGAGGCUGCCGCAACCACGAGCACGUCAACGUCAGCUGGUGCUUUGUCUGCUCGGAAGGUGGCAGCCUUUUAUGCUGCGAGUCGUGCCCGGCUGCAUUUCACCGUGAGUGUCUAAACAUUGAGAUGCCAGAGGGAAGCUGGUAUUGUAAUGAUUGCAAGGCAGGCAAAAAGCCACACUACAAGGAAGUAGUCUGGGUGAAAGUUGGGCGCUACAGGUGGUGGCCAGCUGAGAUUUGCCAUCCUAGGACAAUUCCUGUCAACAUCCAGAAAAUGAAACAUGACAUCGGCGAGUUCCCUGUGCUGUUCUUUGGCUCCAAGGAUUACCUGUGGACCCACCAGGCCCGUGUGUUCCCUUACAUGGAAGGUGACGUCAGCAGCAAAGACAAGAUGGGGAAGGGCGUGGAUGGCAUAUACAGGAAAGCUCUUCAGGAAGCUGCAGUAAGAUUUGAAGAGUUGAAGGCUCAGAAAGAACUGAGACAGCUUCAGGAAGACAAAAAGAAUGACAGGAAACCUCCUCCCUACAAACACAUCAAGGUGAACCGGCCGGUGGGGAAGGUGCAGAUCUUCACUGCAGACCUGUCUGAGAUACCACGUUGCAACUGCAAACCAACAGAUGAAAACCCAUGUGGCCUGGACUCCGAAUGCAUCAAUCGCAUGUUGCUCUAUGAGUGCCACCCCAUGGUCUGCCCUGCUGGGGAGCGCUGCCAGAACCAGUGCUUCUCCAAGCGGCAGUAUCCCGAGGUACAAAUUUUCCGCACGCUGGCACGAGGCUGGGGCUUGCAAGCCAAAACAGACAUCAGAAAGGGCGAAUUUGUUAAUGAGUAUGUUGGGGAGCUAAUUGAUGAGGAGGAGUGCCGAGCUCGAAUCCGCUAUGCUCAGGAGCAUGACAUCACCAACUUCUACAUGUUGACACUGGAUAAGGAUCGAAUCAUUGAUGCUGGGCCAAAGGGCAAUUACGCUCGAUUCAUGAACCAUUGCUGCCAGCCAAACUGUGAGACUCAGAAAUGGUGUGUGAAUGGCGAUACUCGGGUUGGGCUCUUCGCAAUUGUAAAUAUCAAAGCUGGGACUGAGCUGACUUUCAACUACAAUCUGGAGUGUUUGGGAAAUGGAAAGACCGUUUGUAAGUGUGGUGCCCCAAACUGCAGUGGCUUCCUAGGAGUACGGCCAAAGAGCCAACCCAACCUCACCGAGGAAAAGUCCAAGAAGCUAAAGAGACGGCCGCAGAUGAAGCGCAGGUCGCAGGCGGAGGUGAUGAAGGAGCGAGAGGACGAGUGUUUCAGCUGUGGGGACGGAGGGCAGCUAGUUUCUUGUAAGAAGCCAGGCUGCCCCAAGGUGUACCAUGCAGACUGCCUCAACCUGACCAAGAGACCUGCAGGAAAAUGGGAGUGCCCAUGGCAUCAGUGUGAUAUGUGUGGUAAGGAAGCAGCUUCCUUCUGCGAGAUGUGCCCCAGGUCCUUCUGCAAGCAGCACCGGGAAGGCAUGCUCUUCAUCUCCAAGCUGGAUGGACGUUUAUGCUGCACGGAGCAUGAUCCCUGCGGGCCCAACCCUCUAGAGCCAGGAGAAAUUCGUGAGUAUGUGCCUCCCAUAGGAGACCUGACUAACGAUGAGGAGGAGACCCAGCCGCCAGAGCAGCCACCCGCAGACACAGACCUGGCCCUGAGGCUGCAGCCGUCAAACAAGCCCCCCACCACCCUGGCCCUCAGGCUGCCUUCACCAGACAAACCACCCGCCACCCUGGCGCUGAGACUGCCACCGACAAAUAAACCCCCCACCACCUUGUCACUGAGGCUGAAGCCAUCCAACAAACCCCCUACCACCCUCUCGCUCCGCCUGCAGCCUUCGGACAAACCUCCCACCACCCUCUCGCUCCGCCUGCAGCCGUCGGACAGGCCCCAGGCUGCCCUGUCCCUAAGGCUGCAGUCAGAGAAGCAACCCAUCAUCGUAGCGCUGAGGCCCCAGCAGCCUGACAAACCUCCCACCAACGCGGUGCUGUGGCCACUGGACGAGUCCUCCAGUGAUGCCUCACAGCCUCAUUUGCCGAGCAAAUCUCCUCCGGGAACUCCGCAGUCGUCAGAUGAGUCGCUGGUUACUGCUGGUGCCCUGCAGCUCCAGCUGCCGGAUGAGCCUUCUGCUGCCCCCAGGAUCCUGGGGUUAUCGGACAAGUCUCUCGUUGACACCAGGACCCAGCAGCCCGAGCUGCUGGAGGAGUUCCCAAUGAAAUGCCUUCAUCCUCAACUGUCGGACAGACUUCUUGCCACAGCGGGGACUCUGCAGUCCCAGCUGGUGGCUGAGCUUCCCGUGGCCGAUCAGCCUCAGCCGUUGGACAAAGCUUUUGUGCAGAGUCCACAGCCUCAGUCUGUGGAAAAGGCUCCCAGCUCCGUGGUGCCACAGGUCCCGGCGUUGGAGCAGGCUCCCGGCCCUGGGGUGCUGUGGCCUCUGCCCAUGGAAGAAGUCCCUGGCUCCCCGAUCUCACGGAUCCUGCCCACGGAGAAGGCUCCUGGAUCGGCUGUGCCAAGGCCCUUGCCUCCGGAGAAGGCUUCCUUCUCCGGGGCAGUGCGGGUGCCUGAGAAGGCUCCCAGCUUAGGGGUGCCCUGUCCCCUGCCUCCAGAGAAGGCUCCUGCCUUGGGUGUGCCACGGAUCCUGCCCACGGAGAAGGCUCCCAGCUUAGGGGCACCACGGCCCCUGCCUCCAGAGAAGGUCCCUGGCUCCCGGUCACCGCACAUCCUGCCCAUGGAGAAGACUCUUGGCUCGGGGGCCCUGCGGAUCCCGCUCGCGCAGAAAGUGCUCGCUCCAGGGGUGCUGCGGCCCGCCUUGGACAAGCCUCCGCCUGCAUCGGCUCCAAGGCUGUUGCUGUCGGAGAAGGCGCUGCGGCCCGUGGACCAGAACGCUCAGCCGAAGGAGAGAGGAGCCCCGGCCGUGGAGCUGAGUCCCCAGCAGAAAGAGAGGACCAUGUUAGUUGGCGAGCAAAUCUCUUGGUCUGUUGGGAAGGUGGUGACGCAUGUCGGACAGGUACCUUGGCCUACAGAGAAAAUACAGACGCAUGAGCAAACCCACUGGCCCACUGCAAAAGCCCUGACGCCUGCAGAGCAGCCUCCCCGGACAGCAGAGAAGCUACCAGAGCCAACCCUUCAACCCAGCUGGGAAGUGGCCCCAGCCCCUGCAGAGCAAACCCCUUGGCCGUCAGAGAGAUUGCGUGCGUUUGAGCAGACCCCGCGGCCAGCCAGGGAAGCGCCGGUGCCCCCGGAGCAGGUGCAGUGGAUUGUCACGAACAUUCAGAAAGCUGACCAGAUUUCUUGGCUGAGUGGAAAAAUACAGACUCCUCGGGGGCAGGACCCUUUGCCUGAACAAAACACAGCGCUAGCCCGUAACCAGGAUUCUGUCUGUCGUGAGUUGGCCGACUCAGAGCCAAAGUGA